UUGGUACUAACCGGAAGCGGAAAUUGCGAGGGAGCGGUUGACAGCUGCUGGUCGUCUGAAGUGGUUCGCCAGCAAAACAACAAUAAUUGUGCAGAGAUGGAGCUGUGUGAAAUAUUAUACAACAAGGCUGAAUACAUCGAGACGGCAUCAGGCAACAAAGUCAGCAGACAAUCAGUUCUUUGUGGCAGUCAAAACAUUGUUCUCAAUGGAAAAACCAUCGUGAUGAAUGACUGUAUCAUCAGAGGAGAUCUCGCUAAUGUCAGAGUUGGGCGCCACUGUGUCAUUAAAAGUCGUAGUGUGAUCAGACCUCCGUUCAAGAAAUUCAGCAAAGGCGUGGCUUUCUUCCCCUUGCAUAUUGGGGAUCAUGUGUUCAUAGAGGAGGACUGUGUUGUCAAUGCUGCACAGAUAGGAUCAUACGUCCACAUUGGCAAGAACUGUGUUAUUGGUCGGCGCUGUGUCUUGAAGGACUGCUGUAAGAUACUGGAUAAUACUGUCCUUCCCCCAGAGACAGUGGUUCCUCCGUUUACAGUAUUCUCUGGCUGUCCAGGUCUAUUUUCAGGAGAGCUCCCUGAAUGUACACAGGAACUGAUGAUAGACGUUACCAAGAGUUACUACCAGAAAUUCCUCCCUCUCAGCCAGAUCUAGGACUGAACUUUAGUUUGGGUCUUGCUCACUUUCAUUCUGGGACCAAAGGAACCAAUGUGGACUAAUAUUCCCCAAUCAUCUCUUUAGCUCUAAGUUACAGUUGUAAAUCUCGAACAACAAAGAAAUACCUUUUUUUCACAGUCAGUUUUGUUCACAGUUGUAUCCACUUGCAGUAAAAAUCCCUUGCUAUCAUGGCAAUGUUAACAUAGAAAAUGAAAUGAUAAAAUAGAACACCAAAUUUUUUCCCCAGUAUUUUUAGAUUUCUGUUAAUGUGUCAUAUAAUCUCAGUGUACAUUGCAGUCCUAUUGGCGUGGCUGAGAAAAAUAUCACAACACAGUGAUUAGCUGUUAGACUGAAGGGCCUUUAUUUAUAAAACUUUACCAUUUCUGCAACACUAAACAUUUUCUGUUUGUAUAGACAGAUUACAGAUGGUAAUAAUUAAAUGCUUUUUUUGUAAAGAAAAAAAAAAAGUGUCUAUACUGACUCGUUUUAAAUGAUGGUUUUGGGGGCUUUUACCAAACAACGCGCUCCUUUUGUAAGGUGCAGUCACAUUAGUGAAAUUUUGGUGGGC